UCCAUUACGAUCUGAUAUAUUAUCCAAACAAUUUAGUGUAUUCAUGAGGUAACCUAAAUGUGGAGGCUGCAAAAUUACCCGUAAUCAAUUGAAACAGCGAGUGCGCGUCCCUCUGUGUGUCUAACAACUACAUGUCUCUGUAAUAAGGCAGACAUUAAAUCAUUUUAGAGUUGUACUGUUGAGUACCUGAUCACUGGGCGCUCUGGGAAGCUGGACAGUCACAUUAGGACGCUGGGACUGAGGAAGCCGCUGCUUUUCCAGUGGGAUAAAACCCGACCUUCCUUACUCGAGGUGCUUUACAGAUCCCCACCGAUCUGACCCUAAGCCGUGCAAUAUCCAGCAUAGACUUCGUCUUCUUCUGCUAUCGAUACUCUUCUUCUUUUUUUUUUUUUUUUUUUUUUGGUUGUUGUUGGUUUUAUUUUUUCUCGUUUUUGUUUUUUUGUUUUUUAUUGCACUACAUGUUUGGGAAACAAGACAAAAUGGACGUUAGAUGCAGUUCAGAGACUGAAGCUAACCGGGUCUCGAAGAACGGACAUAAAGAGGGCAAGGAAAGCAAAGGGUCUGAAGGAAAUAUUUCUACUUCUUUUUUGAAGGAUCAGCAAGGGACUUUUUCUGCCUCUGCAGCUACGGAAGACUGUAAUAAAAGUAAAUCUAGUUCUGCAGACCCGGACUAUUGCAGGAGGAUCCUAGUUAGAGAUGCCAAAGGUUCAAUCCGAGAGAUUAUUCUGCCUAAGGGGCUUGAUCUGGACCGUCCCAAGCGGACCCGCACCUCCUUCACGGCCGAGCAGCUCUACCGCCUGGAGAUGGAGUUCCAGCGGUGCCAGUACGUCGUGGGGCGGGAGCGCACCGAGCUCGCCCGGCAGCUCAACCUCUCCGAGACUCAGGUAAAAGUGUGGUUCCAAAACCGGCGCACCAAGCAGAAAAAGGACCAGGGCAAGGAUUCGGAGCUGCGCUCCGUCGUAUCAGAGACCGCCGCCACCUGCAGCGUCCUGAGGCUGCUGGAGCAGGGCCGCCUGCUCUCCCCGCCGGGGCUACCGGGCCUCCUGCCCCCCUGCGGCACCGGGCCCCUGGGCUCGGCUCUGCGGGGACCCGGCCUGGCCGCGGGCACCGGCAGCUCGGCGGCGGCAGCGGCAGCAGCGGCGGCUCCCCCCGGGGGCUCCCCGCAUCCUGCGGCCGGCGGCAGCGCAGCGGGGCCGCCCCCCCCGGGGGCGCUGCACGGAGCCGCCGCCGCCGCCGGCCCGGGGCUCUUCGGGCUGCCGGUGCCGUCGCUGCUGGGCUCGGUGGCCGGCCGGCUGGCCUCCGCGCCCCUGGCCGUGGCCGGUUCCCUGGCGGGCAACUUGCAGGAACUGUCGGCCCGCUACCUGAGCUCGUCCGCCUUCGAGCCCUACUCCCGGACCAGCAAUAAAGAGAGCGCGGAGAAAAAAGCGCUGGACUGACUCCGAGCGACUCGGCCCGUAUUUAUAUUUAGAGUAUCUAUUUGUGGCGAUAUUUAUGGGACAGGCGGCGGCCCCCUCCCGCCCAUCCUUCCUCCCUCCCCUCUUUCCCUUCCUCCCUCGCCACCGCCUUCCAGCCCCGCGGCUCGGCACGGCACGGCUCGGCACGGCUCGGCACGGCACGGCUCGGCACGGCACAGCUUGGCACGGCUCGGUAUGGCACGGCACGGCUCGGCAAGGCAAGGCACGGCACGGCUCGGCUCAGCUUGGCACGGCUCGGCACGGCUCGGCACGGUUCCCUCCGCGGGCCGGGGCGCAGCGAGGGGCGCCCCCUCCCCCUUCCCCCGGCUCUCCCUGCCCCGCCGGGCCCGGGGCUCGUCUGUCGGCCCGGGGAGGGGGGUCAGUGUGUCUGUCUGUCCGUCUGUCUGUCCGUCUGUCUGUUCGGCUGCUCUGACACCGGGAGGAAAGGCAGAGCGGACGGGGCGAGCUUUGGCCGGGCUGUCGGGGAUCGGCUCCGGCCAAUGCCAAGCAAGGGAGAAGGAUUUCGGGGAGAGGAAGAUGGAGCUGCCAGGUGAUGCCCGGUUAUUUUUAUUUUUUCUUUUCCUUUUUAAUAUUUUCUUUUUUUCUUCUUUUUUUUUUUCUUUUUCUUUUUCUUUUUCUUUUUCUUUUUCUUUUUUUUUUCCCAGACUUCAGUGACUCUUAAACACAAAGCUCGGGGGGCUCCACCUGGGGCCCCAUCCCAUACACACUCGCUUCACUCCGCACCGACAUCCUCGCUGCUUGCCCUUCGCGCCAGCCAGGAAAACCUCCAGCAACUUUUUCUUUUUCU